ACGCGCUGCAUUAGAGCAGAGAGCUGUCUGCUGUCAUGGAGGACAGGACACAUACUGUAUGGUACUAAUUCACAAAUGCUAAUAUAGUGUACUCACUCCCAUCACAUCAUAUAUGCAGUAGCCCACUGUGUAGAGUAAGCUAUAUAGACAUUCUCAAAGGUGUUCACAUUUGCAAUGUGUACAUUCAGUCACUAUAGGCUACUUUCUAUUCAUGCAGACUAAAUCACAUACUCAUGAAUGUAAAGAACACAAAGAAACAAACUACUUUCAUAUCAUUUAGGCUACAUAUGAACACACAGCAUGCGGUAAUGCUGUGAUGAGGAUGGGGAGGGAGAUGAAGACUGAAGAGGAGGAGAGGGGGAGUGUUGAGAGAAACCCAGCCUCCUCCAUUCUACAGCACAAUGAAGUGGUGCAGCCUGUCCCCCACCCCUUUAUGCCACAUGGUACGAUCCAGACCAGUGUCAGAGGUAUUUAAAUCCUGGAGCCUGAAGCUUGCGCUGUUUGUGUACAGAAAACCGGCCUAAUCCAGGAAGCAGCACAGGCACAGAGGCGGAGAGGAGGGGGGAAGCAGAGAAAACAGACUCGGUGCAAAAUGGGACAGAGUGGGAAAAAGAGACCGUGAUAAGAGGAUCAGAGCGAGAGAGAAGACACAGUGAAUCCCGCUGCUGCUGCAUAUGUGAAGGUGAGAGCACUCUGUCGCUCUCUCUCUCUCUCGCUCUGUCAUCACUCUCUCCACGUCUUCUGUGUCGACGGGGGAGGGAGCAGCAUCCGUCCUGUCCCGGGCCUGGUGGCAUGUCCCAGCAUCCCACAGGAGCUCACGCAAGCCCACCGCACCUCCACCACGACCGUGAGAUCUGCGUGGUGUAGCAGGGCAGGCCAAGCCCCUGAAGCCUCAGCGCUCCCUCCCUGGGACACCUGUCACUCACACACUCAAACACUUCCCCAUCAACCUGCGUACAUCCAUGGACGGAAAGUACAAGGAGAUCGCCGAGGAGCUGUUCACUCGUAGCCUGACGGAGAGUGAGAUGCGCACCGCUCCUUAUGAGUUCCCUGAGGACAGCCCCAUCGAGCAGCUGGAGGAGAGACGCCAACGCCUGGAGAGGCAGAUCAGCCAGGACAUCAAGCUUGAGCCAGAGAUCCUGCUCCGCGCCAAGCAGGAGUUCAUGAAAAUUGACAGCACUGCCGACCUGGAGUUUAUGAAUGAGGUGGGUGGUGUGGACAGGACGGAUGAUGGCUGGAUGAAGGAGAGAGUAUUACCGAUGGAGCGAGAGUACCAGCGCGUCUCAAUAUCAGGGGAGGAGAAGUGUGGGGUGCCCUUCACAGACCUGGUGGAUGCAGCUAAAUGUGUGGUGAAGGCCCUGUUCAUCAGGGAGAAAUACAUUGCGAUGUCCAUUCAGAACUUCUGUAAGACCACUGCCUGCGAGCUGGGGGAGCUGGGAGAGAAACCCCUGGACCUACGCGUCUAUGAGGAGAUCCCCGAAACCCCCGUUGAUGCAGAUGCUCCAGUCCACCCCCCUGUCUCAGAGACUCACCCCUAUGAAAACCAGGACACCAAGAACAUGCCUGCAGACACAGGGUACAGCUGUAAGAUGGUGGAUGGGGUCAUGCAUGUCUACACCAAGAAGAGCCCCAUGGAGAAGAGUACAGAGUUGGACCUGCCUUACCCAGACCUGAAGGAGUACAUCGCUGACAUGAACGUCAUGAUGGCUCUCAUCAUUAACGGACCAGUAAAGUCAUUCUGCUACCGCCGGCUGCAAUACCUGAGCUCUAAGUUCCAGAUGCACAUCCUGCUAAAUGAGAUGAAGGAGCUGGCAGCCCAGAAGAAGGUUCCUCACCGCGACUUCUACAACAUCCGCAAGGUGGACACACACAUCCAUGCCUCGUCUUGUAUGAACCAGAAGCACCUGCUGCGUUUUAUCAAGCGGGCCAUGAAGAAGUACCCUGGGGAGAUAGUCCACAUGGAGCACGGCCGGGGACAGACCCUCAUGGAGGUGUUUGAGAGCAUGAACCUGACCGCCUUCGACCUGAGUGUGGACACACUGGACAUGCACGCGGACCGCAACACGUUCCAUCGCUUUGACAAGUUCAACGCCAAAUACAACCCCAUCGGAGAGUCCAUCCUGAGAGAGAUCUUUAUCAAGACAGACAACCACAUCGAGGGCAAAUACUUUGGCCACAUGAUCAAGGAGGUGAUGGCUGACCUAGAGGAGAGUAAGUACCAGAACGUGGAGCUGCGUCUGUCCAUCUACGGCCGCUCCCGGGACGAGUGGGACAAGCUGGCCCAGUGGGCCGUCAAACACCAAGUCUACUCUGACAAUGUGCGCUGGCUCAUCCAAGUGCCCCGCCUUUUUGAUGUGUACCGCACCAAGAAGCAGCUGGCAAACUUCCAGGAGAUGAUGGAGAACAUCUUCAUGCCUCUGUUUGAGGUCACCAUCAACCCCCGCAGCCACCCUGAGCUGCACCUCUUCCUGCAGCAUGUGGUGGGCUUUGACAGUGUGGAUGAUGAGUCCAAGCCGGAGCACCACAUCUUCAACAUGGACAGCCCCCUGCCAGCCGUCUGGACAGAGGAGGACAACCCUCCCUACUCCUACUACCUCUACUACACCUACGCCAACAUGACCGUGCUCAACCACCUGCGCAGGAGGCGUGGCUUCCACACGUUUGUGCUGCGCCCUCACUGCGGGGAGGCGGGGCCUGUCCACCACCUGGUGUCAGGUUUUAUGCUUUCAGAGAACAUCUCCCACGGGCUGCUGCUCAGGAAGGCACCAGUGCUGCAGUACCUGUACUACCUGGCUCAGAUUGGCAUUGCCAUGUCCCCCCUGAGCAACAACAGCCUGUUCCUCAGCUACCACCGCAACCCCCUGCCUGAGUAUCUGUCCAGAGGCCUCAUGAUCUCUCUGUCCACUGACGACCCCCUACAGUUCCACUUCACCAAGGAGCCCCUGAUGGAGGAGUACAGCAUUGCCACACAGGUGUGGAAGCUGAGCUCCUGUGACAUGUGUGAGCUGGCCAGGAACAGCGUCCUUAUGAGCGGCUUUUCCCACAAGGCAAAGAGCUACUGGCUGGGGCCCAAAUACAGCAAGGAGGGCCCGGAGAGCAACGACAUCCGUCGUACCAACGUCCCGGACAUCCGCGUGGCGUACCGCAGUGAGACCCUGCUGGAGGAGCUCAACCUCAUCACCCACGCUGUGCGCACCAAGGAGCUGGACAACAUCGACGAGGAGGACACCCUCUCCAUGGCCCCCGUCGGGGCAGAAGGACGCUAAAUCAACAACUCCUCUCUAUUGCUCACUGUGAUAGGUUUUAUUUCAUAUUGGAGGAGAGAGACAGUAGCCUGAAGUCUUUUGUUUCACAUUUUAUUUUCUUCAAUCUGUUCCUGGGUCACUUCCUCUGUCAUUUUUAUCCCCUGACCCUCCAUACCGUCAAACCCCAAAUUAUUUCCUUUGCUUUGUCAUGUGACCCUGCAUGGGAAGGAAGGUCCCAUAGUUAAACCUGUGAUUUGAUGGCAUGUUUGUACCCAUCACCGAUAUAACGCACACACACACACACACUUAUUGCACAGUUUUCCCGUCCUGAAAGCUGCUUAUCUUCCAUCACACAGUCAUGCUGCCUUAAGCUUAACAUCUAGUGUAAUAUUUUCAUAAUGGUUAUAACUUAUGAAGUAGGAAAGCAGAUACAACUUAACAGCAAUAUUAUGAGUGUAUUAUCCAUGGGUCGUCUUACCUACACUACAUGGACACACUUAAACAACGCAUAGGUGGGUUUUCCACACUACAUUGUUCCAACAACACCCGUUCCGCACGGAUAGGAACAGUCGCAUGUAACUUCGAGAUGCAUGGAAACCAUGGUAACAAAUGUCUAAUGUACGGACGUACUGAGUUUAAAAAACAGACAAAGGACCAAAUCUGCGUGGUCUAGAAGCAGAAGUCGUGCACAAUUCCAGUCUGUGUGCUCCUGGGUAUCUGCUGGCUUUCAUCUGUCUCUGUGCUUCAGGCAAUUUCUAGUGAUUUAUUAGCUAAAGGAGUCAUCUCGGCUGGUCUCCCUGAUCUAAAUCAGCUUUGAACUAAAUAGCAGGCAGGACAUCCAGCAGAGACAUUGCAGCAGCCCUCAGGACAUGGAGCUGUGCACCUGACCGUGGGCUACUGCAAACAUUCCAUUAAAUUAACAUUAAGAUACAUGUUAUUUUUAGCUGCAGAAAAAAACAUUACUGGCCUGUCGCCUGUGCAUAUAACAAAUCACAUUAGUUAUAGAAUAUGCAGCCAAAAACAGUAGAUUUAUACUAUUCCAGUAUAGAUGCAUGAUGUGCACAGGGUGUAUAUCUCAGUUUGUGGUAGAGUGGAUGCUGAGAGGUGUGCAUGAUGGAGCCAAUCAACCACAACUUGUUUUCCAAGCACAAGUCCAGAAGGAUGAAUACAGCAUCGUCCAAGCCAGGAGGGCUCCCACGCCCCCUACCAUUACCUCAACAGUCACCAUGUUCUUGUUUAUGGACCCUCCAAACCCCAUUGUGUGUGUAUGUCCCGCUCCCCCACACACACACACACACACCCCUUGGUCCUCUAAAGAGACCAGGACAGACCACAGGGACUGGCCUCUGGACCCACUAUGUUGGUUAUUAAUUCAUUGCAUGCAGUGCCCUGUAUGCUCCAAACCUGACUUACAAGGGCCUUUUGAUUUGAACUUUGGGCACUAGCUAGCUGUUCUCAUGCUCUUCUACAACGCCUCAGUCCUCAUCACCAACAACAACUGCAGCAUCUGUUCUCUUCAUGCUUUAGCAUUUUUGCUGAACUAACAUCAAGAUGAUGCCAUCGGGACUGAAACCAUGCUGCAUGUUAAAGUACCUUCUCCUUUACCUACCCAGGCCUUCCAGUGAAGUGGAAGAAGCCGUUUUACCAAUGCUCUGCUUUGACUGCAUUUCCACCGUGUAUCUUAUGUUGUGCAUGCCUGCAUGGAGCCCUGUGUGGCAACAGGAGUGGCUGAGAAGCUGUUUAAAGUGAGAUGUAAUGUGAAAAAGCAACACAUGAGAAUCUAAGUAAGCUGAACGACUGUCAUGUAUGAAGUAUGUGUGCAGUCAAUGAUUGUUGUUAGUUUGAGUUCUGCAAAACAAACUCAUUCAGCUUGUCAUCCCUAAUGCAAUGCUCAAACCGUGCAGGGACACAUUUGCAUGGUUGUCAUCAGGAUCAAACGAGCUCACCCCCACCACCAUGGUUGUCGUGGUCACCAAAACAAGUACACUCAUCCCCAUUAUCUUGCCCAAAGUCAAAGAGCCUCUUCUAUGCCCGAUUCAAACUGUGGGCAUUCAUCUUGGAUAUUGUUAUAACUGUUCUAAUUGUACAGUCCUAUUAGAUGCCAAGACUGAUCCAUUGGAAUAAGUGGGCCCUUGUUGUAAAUGUUCACCAUGCAUUGCAUACCAUAUCUACCAGGCCAUUUAAAAAAACUUAAGAUCGAAGCCUGAUAUAUACAGUAAGGCCUAGAUUGAAUCAGAUCAAGUGUUAACCGGCGAUAGCCGACACCCGCAUGGCUGAUGUUUUGGCGGUGUCGGAGGUGGAACUGCGUUGGUGCUGUCAAAUCGGUGAGCAGCUGCUCUCUAUCAUUGU